ACGGUAGAUUAUACAAGGCUUAACUAGCCUCUUUCUGCUCCGACUGCUGCCCGUCAGUGACCGCGUCAAGCGUCUCCGGAUAGUCCGCUCAUAACCUGCUCUUCCUGUUCAUAUUUCAUACUUCAUACAUCUGAGGGUAUAACAUCUAAAGACAAAGGAUCGAAACGGCAAGAUGAGCUCGCUGAAUGUGAAGAAGCUGAAAGUGAACGAGCUGAAGGACGAGCUGAAGAAGAGGAGUCUGAGUGAUAAAGGGCUGAAGGCUGAGCUGAUGGCGCGUCUGCAGGCCGCUCUGGAUCAGGACGCGCUGUCCAGCAACGGAGCUGAGGGACAGUACGAGGAUGGAGACGGCCUCGGUUACAUGGGCGAGGAAGACCGUGAGGAAGAUCUGGUUGAAGAGAGCAUGGAGGCUGAGGAGGAGGAGGAGGAGGAGGAGGGCGAUAACGCGGAGGCUGAGGAGCAGCAGGAUGAUGACAUGGGGGAGGAGGAGGAGGAGGAGGACGCAGGAGUAGAGAUGGAUAAGUCAGAUGAUGAAGAUGAAGAUGUCCUGCUCAAAGAAGAUGAUGAAGAGAUGGAGAAAUUUGAUGAGGAUGGUGUGGCUCUCGACAUGGGCCCUGGCGAGGGGGAUGCGGACAAAGACAAGAAUGAUGAACAGAAGAAUAAGAAGGGUGUAAAGAGACGCCGAGAUGAACAUGGAAGGGGCUACUUUGAAUUUAUUGAAGAAAGCAAAUACAGCCGGACAAGGUCUCCCCAGCCUCCACUGGAGGAAGAGGACGAAGAGUUUGAUGACACAACUGUAUGUUUGGACACCUACAACUGUGACCUGCACUUCAAGGUGUCCCGGGAUCGGUAUAGCGCCUCUUCUCUCACCAUGGAGAGCUUUGCAUACCUGUGGGCUGGGGGACGAGCAUCUUAUGGUGUGGCAAAAGGCAAAGGUUGCUUUGAAAUGAAGAUUAUUGAGAAGAUUCCUGUAAAACACAUUUCCAGUAAAGGAAUUGAGAUUCAUGAUGUCCUGGUGGGUUGGUCACUGGCAAACAGCUCUCUUUUACUUGGGGAGGAAGCGCACUCAUAUGGCUUUUCAUCUAAGGCCAAGAAAACCAGCAACGGUUUGACGGAGGACUUUGGGGAGGCUUUUGAUGAGAAUGAUGUUGUCGGCUGCUUUAUUAACUUUGAUGGUGAAGAAGUGGAAAUUUCCUACUCCAAGAAUGGCCAGGAUCUGGGAACAGCUUUCAGAGUUAGUAAGGAUGAGCUGGAAGGAAAGCAGUUCUUCCCUCACGUCCUCUGCCACAACUGUGCGGUCGAGUUCAACUUCGGCCAAUGUGAAAACCCGUUUUUCCCCCAACCUGAAGGCUUUACGCUCCUGCAGCAGAUCAAUGUUUGCGAUCGCAUCAGAGGACCAAAGGGCCCCGAAACCAAAGAGGACUGUGAGGUCAUUGUCAUGGUUGGACUGCCUGGAUCUGGAAAAACGGAAUGGGUUACAAAGCACACACAAGCCAAUCCUGGAAAAUACAACAUUCUUGGAACAAACACAAUCAUAGAGAAAAUGAUGAUUUCCAGUUUGAAGCGACAGAUGAAGGAUGUCACAAAGCUCUCGGCGAUAUCUCAGCGUGCUCCCCUCUUCCUCGGGAAAUUCAUAGAGAUCGCUGCACGUAAAAAACGCAACUACAUUCUUGACCAGACUAACAUAUCAGCGCCAGCCCAAAGAAGGAAAAUGUGCCUGUUUGCCGGUUUCCAGCGUAAAGCAGUGGUAGUCUGUCCGACAGAUGAGGAAUAUAUACAGAGAACUCAGAAAAAAGCAGAAACAGACGGCAAAGAUGUACCUGAACAUGCAGUCCUAAAAAUGAAGGGACUAUACACGCUGCCUGUAGAGGGUCAGUGCUUCAGUGAAGUGCUUUAUGUCGAGCUGCAGAAGGAAGAAGCUACCAAACUUCUUGAACAGUACAAAGAGGAGAGCAAAAAGUCCCUUCCUCCCGAGAAGAAGCCCAACCAGGGAGGUGUUCAACCAAAGAGGGGAGGCGCUCGGGGACGAGGAGGCAAAUAUCUGUUCAAUCAUGGAGGAGGACCGGGUCAGAGGGGAGGACGAGGAGGCAACUUUCAAAACCGAGGCAACUUUAGGGGUGUGCCUGGACCUCGUGGUGGGUUCAGCAGACCACCGAGAGGCUUCCUUCCUCCCCCUGCCUUCCGAGGAGGCUUCAGCCGGGGCAGUUUCAACCGUGGUGGUGGGAUGCCAAACAGAAGAGGCGCCCCCAGGCCGGGAGCUGGACGUGGCAACGUGGUAAACAUGGGCAACAGGGGAGGAGCCAUGAACAGGGGCAACAUGGGACGAGGGGGAGGGGCUAACCGGGGCAACUUCAACCAGAAAUUCAGGGGCCGAGGGGGAAAUAAUCGAGGUUUUAAAAAUGGAAACUUUAGCAUGAACAAAGCACAAGCUUUCAACCAGAGCUGGCAACAAGGGUUCUGGAAUCAGAAGCCAUGGAGUCAACAGUACCAUCCUGGAUAUUACUGAACAAUAGCUGUGAUGGACUGAUAUCAUAUAAAGAUCAGCUUUACUUCCGAAGUCAAACGUUCAUUUGAUCUACUGUCCUUUUGUUUUUGUACAGAUUUUAAUAGGACAUUCCAUACUGGGAGCUUUCAGAGCUUUACAAGUGACCUGUUACAGGUUUUUAAUGUAAUAUUUUAGUUUGUCUUUGACCGCAGGUUUGUAUGACAACGCGGUUCAAUUCAGGAAUCUCAGUAUAACUUCAGGGUGGGAUGUUUGUAUUCAGGGUUCUGGAUUUUAUUUAUAAUUAGACUCGUGUGAAUCUUUGUGUAGCAGUAUAGCUCUGUAAUAUAAGAAUAGUAUUGUUGAAGCACUUUGCAGUUAUAUGAAAAAUAUUUGUCCUGCUGCAAUAAUAUUUGUAGUUAAAAGAACAUGAAACAUGUAUAAACUAAGAUAUUUAAUUUAGAGGGAAGAAUUUUGCAGACAGUACAUUUAAAAAAAGGAAUUGAAAUGACUGGAGAUGUCAACUGUAAUUACAAAAUAAUUGUGUGUUUCUUGAAAAAUCUCUUCAGUCCACUGGAAAGCAGUCCAUAGCCUGUACUAAAAUGAAGUAGGUGUUAGACAGUCUGUAAUUGUAAGUCAAAAUCUGCCCAGUGUAGAAAAGCAAAGCCUGUUCUUGCACUUGUCAUUGGAAACACAGCAGUCCAGUUCUACAGGUGUUUUUUUUUUUAAGUUUUUUUUUAUAUAUAAGGAGCAGUAAACAUAAUUUUUUAUUAUUUACCACUAAAAAAAUAUAAAUAAAAACAAAUGCAGGUUUCAGGGUAUUAUUAUAUCUUGAAUUUAUUUUAUGAGUGCAUCAAAAGCUUUUUUCCAGCUGUAUUUCUCAGAAAUUGAAUGUAUUAUUUUAUUUACUUAUUUUAUUUUGAAAUGUGGCUUACUGCUCCUUAAAGAUUUUUACUUAAUUUAAGUUGAACUUCAUAAUAAAUUUGUUCUUUUUGUAUUUAUUUAUUUUUAAUAUUUAUCUGCAUCUUUAAUAUAACCUUAGAUGUGACCCCAAUUUUUGUAGACCUGUAGAAAAUUGUAGUUUGCUUUAAAAAUAUAGCAAUUAUAUAAUUCUGGUGAUUAUACAUUUAUUUCAUAAUAGUUUUGUCUUUAUAGUAAAGCUCUAAAAAGGAUGCCAGGAUGCUAUUAUGGACUGUCAUCAAUAGACUGACUUUAUAAUGCUUUAACGGAAAAAUAUGUUAUUAUUGUAACUGCGAUAAAAUGCAAACAUUAACACAAUUAUAACACAUUUGAAGGUUUCAUUCUCUUAUCUAUAAUUCCCACAGCAAAUGCUUUUGCCUAACCAUUCAAUUUAUCCAAAAGGUUAAUUACUUGUUCUCUAGUUACUGAAAUAUGCAUCUAUAUUGUUUUUCUUUUUCUUUGAGAAUUGCAGAUAAUCUCACGUGUCAGUAUUGUUAAGAUGUCCUCUAUGUUUCCAGACAAAUAUGAUGUAAUGACAAAUAUGUUUUACCUAAUGUUGGCUAAAGAAAUGGAAGAUAUUGGGAACAUAUUAUUUUAUUACUUUAAAAGUAUUGCUGUUUUGUACUUGAAAAUGAUUAAUGGCAUGUGUUGUAGGAAAUGAAGGUGACUUUAAUUGAA